CAAACCGGGCGCGGGGCCGCCCCGGGGGGCGCGGGCGCAGGUGGCCCAGCGCCCUGUGGAGCCCCAGGGUCCUGGAGCUGCGGCGCUGGGCAGGUCGAUCGGGGAUCGAUACAGCUCCGGCAGCACCAUGUCUCAGGCAGCAGAGGCCCCGCCAGCCGGCCGGGCAGCGGUCCGAGGUGGCCCGGCUGGGGCGCAGUAGCGGCGAGGACGGGUGCGCGGCCAGGAGCCUCCCAGGCCCCCGCCCUCGAGACCCAACUCCAGCCCGGGCCGGAACUAGUUGGGCCGGCUGCGGAGAGCCAGGCUGCAGGACCACCCGCCCACCAUGCCGGCGGUCAAGAAGGAGCUACCCGGCCGCGAAGACCUCGCCCUGGCUCUGGCCACCUUCCACCCGACCCUGGCCGCGCUGCCACUGCCGCCGCUGCCCGGCUACCUGGCGCCACUGCCCGCCGCGGCCGCCCUGCCCCCGGCUGCCUCGCUACCAGCCGCGACCGCGGGCUACGAGGCGCUCUUGCCCCCGCCUCUCCGCGCCCCGCGCGCCUACCUGAGCCUGCACGAGGCCGCCCCGCACCUUCACCUGCCCAGAGACCCUCUGGCCCUCGAGCGCUUCUCGGCCACUGCGGCCGCGGCACCGGAUUUCCAGCCGCUGCUGGACAACGGCGAGCCGUGCAUCGAGGUGGAGUGCGGCGCCAACCGCGCGCUGCUCUACGUGCGCAAACUCUGCCAGGGCAGCAAGGGUCCGUCCAUCCGCCACCGCGGCGAGUGGCUCACACCCAACGAGUUCCAGUUCGUCAGCGGCCGCGAGACGGCCAAGGACUGGAAGCGCAGCAUCCGCCACAAAGGGAAAAGUCUGAAGACGCUUAUGUCCAAGGGGAUCCUGCAGGUGCAUCCUCCGAUCUGCGACUGUCCAGGCUGUCGAAUAUCCUCCCCGGUGAACCGGGGGCGGCUGGCAGACAAGAGGACAGUUGCCUUGCCCCCUGCCCGUGUCCUGAAGAAGGAGCUGACCCCCAGCUUCUCAGCCAGUAGUGACAGUGACAGGAGUGGCCCAGCCUGUGGGCAGCGGCUGGGCUUGAAGCAGGAGGACGACCCGCAUGUCCGUAUCAUGAAAAGAAGAGUCCACACCCACUGGGAUGUGAACAUCUCCUUCCGAGAGACGUCCUGCAGCCAGGACAGCGACCUCCCCACCCUCAUAUCCAGCCUGCGUCGCAGCCGCCACCUCGUUAUGCCCGAGCAUCAGAGCCGCUGUGAAUUCCAGAGAGGCAGCGUGGAGGUCGGCCUGGGAGCCGCAGGUGACCUGUUGGGCAAGAGGCUGGGUCGCUCCCCCCACAUCAGCGGUGACUGCCCUUCGGAGAAGAAAGCCCGAAGCAAGUCCCCUCAAGAGGGUCCAUUGCUUCCGGAACUAGGGCCCGGCAUGGCCCCCGAGGACCAUUACCGCCGGCUGGUGUCCGCCCUGAGUGAGGCCGGCACCUUUGAGGACCCUCAGCGUCUCUACCACCUGGGCCUCCCCGGCCACGAUCUCCUGAGGGUCCGGCAGGAGGUGGCAGCGGCAGCCGCGAGGAGCCCCAGCGGCCUGGAAGUCCACCUGCCCUCAUCCACAGCAGGUCAGCGUCGGAAGCAGGGCCUGGCUCAGCACCGAGACGUCACCGCCCCAGCUGGCGCCCCGUCCUUCUCAGAGAGGGAGUUGUCGCAGCCGCCCCCCUUGCUGUCGCCCCAGAAUGCCCCCCACAUCGCCCUGGGCCCCCACCUCAGGCCCCCCUUUUUGGGGGUGCCCUCGGCACUGUGCCAGACCCCAGGCUACGGCUUCCUGCCCCCUGCCCAGGCGGAGAUGCUCGCCCGGCAGCAGGAGCUCCUGCGGAAGCAGAACCUGGCCCGGCUGGAGAUGUCAGCAGAGCUGCUGCGCCAGAAAGAGCUGGAGAGCGCGCACCGGCCGCAGCUGCUGGCACCCGAGGCCGCCCUGCGCCCACCCGACGGUGCCGAGGAGCUGCAGCGGCGCGGGGCUAUGCUGGUGCUGAGACACAGCUCUGCGCCCCUGCUGGCCCUGCCUCCCCAGGGACCCCCGGGCCCCGGUCCCCCCACCCCGCCCCAGGAGCCUGCCCGCCGAGCUCCUCGGAAGGGGGGCCCCAGCCCUGCCUCAGCCCGGCCCAGUGAGCCCAAGGAGACCACAGGGGCUGGGCUCUGGGCACAAGACGGUUCUGAAGAUGAGCCCCCCAAGGACUCAGACGGAGAGGACCCCGAGAUGGUGGCUGCUGGGGGCCAGGGCCCAACUGGAGGGGCCAGCUCUGAGGGGAAGGGGCUUGCCUCAGGGUCCAUGCUGCCCCCUCCACUGCCCCUGGGCUUGCCUUACACGGUCAGCCCCUACUUCCACACAGGCGCCACGGGGGGCCUCUUCAUGGAUGGGGAGGGGGCCACAGCGCCCGAGGAUGUCAGCAAGUGGACAGUGGACGACGUCUGCAGCUUUGUGGGCGGCCUGUCCGGCUGCGGAGAAUAUGCACCGGUCUUCAGAGAACAGGGGAUUGACGGGGAGACCCUGCCCCUGCUGACAGAGGAACAUCUCCUGACCACCAUGGGGCUGAAGCUGGGGCCUGCUCUCAAGAUCCGGGCCCAGGUGAGCGCCUGCUGGGGGCAGUGGUCUCCAGACAACGGAGGGGCAGCACUGAGGCUCUGCGUGUGGCUGUACGGUGGCAGCCCCGCAGGCCCCAUCCAGGCCCGUCUCUCCACAGGUGGCCAAGCGCCUGGGCCGAGUCUUCUACAUGGCCAGCUUCCCCGUGGCUCUGCCGCUGCAGCCACCAACACUGCGGGCUCCCGAGAGGGAGCUCAACUCGGGGGAGCAGCCCCUGUCCCCAGCACCGGCCCCCUCGCCCUAUGGGGCCGCGCAGCCCCCUGCCAGCCGAGCCUCACCCAAGCAGGAGAACGGAACCAUGGCUCUGCUCCCAGGGCCCACGGACCCCUCCCAGCCUCUGUGCUGAGCUGGUGUCAGACCCCCCAUCCUUCACUGCUGGCUGCUCCCCGGCAAAGGCCCCCAACCCCACAGCUUAUCCUCCUUUCGGUUUUGGAUGCAAAAACACAAUUUUUAAAACGAAAACACAUGAUGUAA